AUGGAUCCAUUACCACCUCCAAAGUUUACUCGUGGAAGAUUUAACCGUAAACGUAGGCGUGACAAUAGCACUGGAGAAGGCAAUGAUUCUGAAGGUGCAGAUUUUGAUAGUAGUGCACCUAGUUCAGUAAGCAACAAAGUCCCACCAAUAAGGAGAUUAUAUGUGGGAAAUAUAAGUCGUUGGACAUUUUACCGUCAUCUACGUCGUCUUUUCCGUGACUAUGGGGAGGUUGUUGAUGUUUAUAUUACAAGAAGGAAAUAUGCCUUUGUGACAUUUAGGUAUCCAGAAGAUGCAUCAAGUGUGUUGAAAUUGAAACAUGGAGAGCUGAGGCUUCAUCUUCGGACUUUAUAUGUGGCACCAGCUGACAGCUGGCACCAACCAGUUGAACUGCCAGAUGGAAGAGUCUUGUGGAAGUCAAAUUCCCAUGGUAGGAAGCAUGACCAGUGUCAGGAGAUAUGCACGAUCUCUUCAGGGAGUGAGUCUACUUCGGAUGAUGAGAAGGAGAGUGAGGCAGUUGGUGGAUGUGACCUUCCUUCUCAGAUGUCUGCCUGUGAUACAGUUGAACAGCAACAGGAAGGAGAAAGAAAGAGUGGCAAAGUAAAAAGGAAAAAAGUGAAGGGAGAGUGUAAAAUCCAUAUUCUCAAUGAUGAUUGCCUCAUGCAUAUAUUCUCCUAUCUUACCAAAAGAGAGAGAUUUAGGAUUGAGAGAGUUUGCAAACGUUGGAAAGCGGUAUGCUUGGACAUGUGGCUAUACCAGAAACACUUGGAUUUCACUUCGGUGUUCCCUUCGUCAUCUGAAACUUUGCCGUUCCCUUCGUCAUCUGAAUCAUACCUCGAUAUGCCAAUACUUGAGGCAUUUUUGAAACGAUGUGGUAGAAAUCUCCAAAGUCUUCAUCUCGCUAACAGGCCUCAUCGCCUAAAUAUUUCAGUACAUAAAAUUAUCGCUACCUACUGUAAAAACCUUCGCUGCCUUCAUCUUGGUGGUUUGCCAGUAACUACAUUUGGCUUCAGGUUUUUGUUAACCAUUAGUCAAGAACUGAGAGUGCUCAACUUGGAUUGUUGUUUAGGCGUUUUUGAUAAAGACCUUCGGAGAAUGUUUCGAGGUUGUCAACACUUGGAAUCUGUUACAUUAUCCCGCAACAAAAAUGUGACAGGAAAAUGUCUUCGAUUCCUGGCACACGCACCACUGAAGGAAUUGGUGCUGUAUGAAUGUAACAGUAUCCAUCCUGGGAAUCUUGUAAGUGUACUUCGUGAACUCAAGAGUCUUACAAGCCUUAGCCUCAGUUCUUGUGAUAGGGUGUCCUUGAGAGAUGUGCCAGUUAUCAUCGGUGCUGCCCCAAAACUACAAUCAUUGUCAUUGACAGAGUCUUUCAGCUUCAAUUCUACGGUUGUCGAAGCACUGGGUCAGCUACAUGACCUUAUUAGCUUGGAUCUUCAGCAAAAUUAUGCUGUUAAUGACCAGAUCAUGGAUGCCAUCACAAGAAGUUGUCUCAAGAUUGAAAAACUCAACAUAACGGGUUGCAAUGAACGUAUUCGCAAUACGGGUUAUGUAACAGACAGUGGCUUGAGAAGCUUGGCAGCAUUGCCAAAUUUAUUUGACCUGUCUAUGAGUUAUUUUCCAAGUUUGUCUGACAAAGCAUUGGAAGCUGUAGCAAGCAAAGGAAAACUCCGGAAGCUCGUUUGUCGAGGCUGUCAAACUUUCACAGAUGUUGCUUGUAUCAGUGUGGUAACCUCAUGCAAUGAAUUGGAACUUUUCGACUUUAGCGGGUGUGAUCAUGUGACUGAUGCCACCGUUAGGGUGGCGUUGGAUUCUGUUAAAUUGCGAACCAACAGCGUCAAGCUGACAUUGGUAGUGGGAGGCACCAGGGUUAGCAAAUAUUCUGCUGUGAAAAAGAACCCAUUACUUGAAGUGGAUUUUUCAGACCUCCGUACCUACCGUUGUCGACCACGUUUUGUCUUUGACCAUUGCUUCCCACCACCACUUAUUGAAGAUUUUCGUUAUAGGGAUGUUUGGGAUGAUGAUGAUGCUGAAAAUUAUUUUGAUUCUGACUUCUACCUUUACAACUUCGAUUCUGACUCCUACCUUUACAACUUUGCUCAUAAGGAGUGAUACAUGAAAGUGACAUUUUGAACCAAAACUGAGAUUUAGAAUUUCCAAGAAGGGCAAGAAGAGUGACAGAGAAAUAUUUAGUUAGAUUUGGGGUUUUCAUGGUAUCGAGUCUGAAGAUGGCUGUCUUCUGGGCUAUUGCACCGCGUAGUCUGGUAGAAGUAAUCAUAAAAUGUAAGAAUGUGUGUAAAUGUGUAAAAAAAACAGCAUUAUCAUACAUUUUGUCAUUCUGUGGUAGACAUUGAAAAAGAAAUUCUGAACUAUUAUUGUUAUUUAUUUGUUUCCAAGCAGUUUGGUCUUAUUCUUAUUCUAUAUGCCUGAUCUCUUCCUGUUUGAAUGCAAAUGUUCAAUUGAAGAAUUGCGUUGUGCACAAACCAUCACCAGUUUCCUACUGUGGAUGGUCUGAAAUCAAAGGAUUCAUUCACCGCACCCAGAAGUUUCCAACUAUGCCAAACAGUUUAAGGUUUUUUACCUCGACAUAAUUGAAUCCCUCUCUACUGAAUGUACAUUUGCUUACGCAGUGAAUUUACACAUCUCUCUGCAAUAUAUAGGCGGUCCCAAAAAUAUGUAUGUGUAUACGUCUUUUGGGAAAUGGUUUAUUUGUGCUAUACGAAGUAGAUAUGAUCAUUUUGGAGUUGGGGUGCAAGUAUUUUAUUUAUUUAUCUAUUUAUUUGGGUUAUUGUUUCUUUGGAAAGUGUUUGGACUAAUAGUUUCUUUUUAGUUUAGUUUGAAUUUGUUUUUGUUUAAUGUGGGAAUAUAUUGUUUGCUUGUCAAAGGCUCUUUUUGCUGUUGCCAAACUUUUUAAUAACUGAAUUACUUUUUUAUGGAAAGUGACCUUUUAAGGUCUGAGUUAAAUAUUUACAGAUUAGGUUGCUGAACAAAUUUUAAUGCCCAGUCUCUUUGCAAUAACAAAAGGAAAAUGCAUUGGGCACAGAUAUAUGCUAACGUUUGUAUCUGGUAUACAGGUCUGUAACUGGAAUACAACUUGUUAUUGUGUCGAAGUAUAUUAUAUUACGUGAGGGAAUUGAA